GAGUAGCUGUGCAAGGCGACCGCUGCGGAUGCAAGAUGGCGCAGCUAGAGCGCUACAUCGCAUGCGUCAUUCUGGUGCUGGCCGGCAUCUCCUGCGUUGAGUCCCGAAAAGACUACCAUCCACACCUAUGCAGCGGAUUCUUCAUUGGGCCGCAACCACAGAAUCCAUGCGGAUACCUCUGCUACACAUUUGAGGGAGUCUUUCAAGGAAUAUUGUCAGAUGGCGCACGCUGCCGGCCUUCGCCGUUCUUCGGUCGUCACGGACGAUGCUAUAGAGGAGAGUGCAUCGUUCAGAGGCCAAAAAUACGACAAUGCGACGACGUUUACCGAGGGGCUCACAGUCUCGCCUACCGGUCAGUAAGCAAUUGGGACAACCAGUGCUAA